UGUGCGCGGGGAGUUCCUUGUCUGUACUGCCCGCGCUAUGAAAGCAUUCAGUCCCGUCCGAUCUGUCAGGAAAGGCAGCCUAACGGAGCACAGCCUAGGCAUUUCCAGGAGCAAAACGCCAGUGGACGAUCCGAUGAGCCUGCUGUACAACAUGAACGACUGCUACUCCAAGCUGAAGGAGCUGGUGCCCAGCAUUCCCCAGAACAAGAAAGUCAGCAAGAUGGAAAUCCUCCAGCACGUCAUCGAUUACAUCCUGGACCUGCAGAUCGCCCUGGACUCGCACCCCAGUAUUGUCAGCCUGCACCACCCGAGGCUGGGCACGUCCUCCACCCGGACCCCACUGACCACCCUCAACACAGACAUCAGCAUCCUGACGCUGCAGGCGUCUGAUUUAUCGACAGAGUUCAUCACGAAUGACAGCAAAGCUCUUUGUCCUUAAAGAUGGUGUUCCGAUUGACUGUUUUUCUUUGCACAACAUGGCUACAAGACUUCUCUAUUUCAUUAUUUGAGUACGGCAUUUGUACAGAAGCUUGUGGAAGAGGGGGGAUCGCUGUGGCUAUGAAAAGGGACUCAAAAAAAUUUAUUUUAUUUAUGAAAAGACUUUAAUUCUCCUUUUCUAACAGAGAAGGCUUGAAAUCUACUAUUCUCUCCUGCAAUGGGGAGUGGAAGCUAAACGAGUUACCACAAGGGGAUUUGCCACUUACCAACAGCUAUUUUAAUGCCUUUUUAUUUAAUAAAAGGUGAAGCAUCAGGCAAAGCGGACGGGAGUUAUAGAGCUGUACUGGAUCGGGACGUCACCUCCGGGACUGAACGAAAAUUUGUGUGUAUAUAGAUUAUUAAAUAAGAA